CAAAGAAAAGUAUUCGUUUUCUUGUAUAAUUUCUUUCACUUGUUCCCUCCGCGGUAUAGCACCUAGGGUUAGGGUUUGAAACAGAGUUGAAGUUCCUUUUAAUUUGGUGCGAUCUGAAGAUGAGUUCAACAGGUGGUGGUUCAACCAAGGGAGGAAGGGGUAAGCCUAAGGCCUCUAAAGCCGUAUCUAGGUCGCAGAAGGCCGGGCUACAGUUCCCUGUCGGAAGGAUUGCGAGGUUUCUUAAGGCAGGAAAAUACGCCGAGCGGGUUGGUGCUGGAGCUCCCGUCUACCUUUCUGCUGUGCUAGAGUAUCUUGCGGCUGAAGUUCUGGAGCUUGCUGGGAAUGCAGCCAGGGAUAACAAGAAGAACCGUAUCGUGCCAAGGCAUAUACAGCUUGCGGUGAGGAAUGACGAAGAACUAAGCAAGCUUCUUGGGUCUGUAACUAUUGCCAAUGGAGGUGUUUUGCCUAAUAUUCACCAGACUCUUCUCCCGAAGAAGAUGGGCAAAGGCAAAGGAGAAAUUGGUUCUGUUUCUCAGGAAUUCUAGGGUUUUCUAGUAUUUUGCUUUAGAGGCCUUUUUUGUUUGGUGUAUGGGGUUUUCUCUGCUGUAAUAUAAAUGGCCUCAUUAAGUUUUUCCUUUUUGGGUUUUAUUUUAGUGCUUUGAACACAUGUCUCAGGUAAAUUAUGUAGCUUUAUAAGCAUAAUGAAAGGCUUGUGCUUGAUCAAGGACUUCUCUUGUUUUUCUUCUGGUAAA